AUGACCGCUGUUGCUUCACAAAGUGCCUUUCAAAAGUUCCUCAACUCGCCUGCUGGCCCAAAGACGAUCCACUUUUGGGCUCCUGCCAUGAAAUGGGCUCUUGUUAUUGCAGGUAUUAGCGACCUUAAACGACCGGCUGAAAACUUGAGCUUGGCACAAAACCUUUCUCUCGUUGCCACGGGUGUGAUUUGGACUCGUUAUUCCAUGGUGAUCAUACCCAAGAAUUGGACUUUAGCUACUGUCAACGUUUUUGUGGCUAGUACGGGAUUAAUGCAAGUUGGCAGGAUCAUCAACUACCGCAUGACCGAUGAAUACAAGCAAAAGAAAAAGCUAGAAGAGGAAGCAGCAGCAGCAGCAUCAGCAGCCGCAGCACCCAUCAAACCUACGUAG